UGAGGACCAUCUUCAAAAGUCCAGGCCGCUUAUGAAACCUCGUCUCAUACAAGAUUGUUAAGAAGCCUUUGCCCUACCACUCAUCCUAUAUCAGUUUAAUGAUACCCAUACAAAGUGAGCCUUUCUUCUGAGUUGUUACACACAUUUUGAGAGAAACAUCCUACGAUCACCAUUCUCAACGCGUGUUUUGGGGCAGUUCUUGAGCCUGUUAUAGAUACAAACUCACAUCUGCUGCGGACCUUCCCUUUGAUACAGAUACAGAAAGGCACUUAGUCAUGACGGAGGUCUGGGAUCAGUUAGGCUAUCUGCAGAGCAGGCGUCAGCUCUGCAUGGAUGACGCCCAGCAGAUCCGCCAGCCAUGCACCCAGGACCACGAGAAGCAGACCGUAUUCGAAUGCGACGAAUGUUAUGGGAGGCUCAUCGGGAGGCUGAGAAGCCGGUAUCUAGACUCGUCAGAUCCGGAGUGGUUCACCGGGAGGCGCGCGUUCCUGCAGGAUCUCGAGGCCCUCUUCUCGGCGGCGGAGCGGCGCGAAAUAGAUCCGCGGGACAUCGAGGCCCGCAUCCAGGAGGAGAAGAGGAGUUGGUACCGAGAGAGUGUCAGGAACACCGCUAACCGGCUCAUGGUGGACGACACUUCCAGCCGAGAUGGCGUCUUGGACAAGCUCCACGAUCGAGACCUGGCGUUCGAGGACCUCGUGAGGGACGUCGGAGAUGCCGUGGGCAGAGCGGCCGCGUCGUCGUCUUCGGAUAUCGGAGACCUGGUCCGACGGAUCGUUGCCGCCAAGGAGCCGCUGGAUCGGUUCGAGAUCUACAGGGAGGCCUUCUUCCCCGGAGAGCAGGGCAGCCAGAAGUACCUCGACAUGCUGAAAAGUGGCAUGGCGAUGGAGCUGGUCGCCCUGCGGGUCCUGGAAGACCGCCAGGCGAGCACCGGCGCCCGGCUGCAGAAGGAAAAGCACAUCCGGAGGUUGGAGGAGCUGCGGCGCGGCAGGACGGCCCACGAGAUGCAGAAGACAAAGAACCGCGAGAGGUUCGCCGACGCUCGGGUCGCCAAGGAGUUCUACGAGUUGCCGCCAUGCAAUGUCUGUUCGACGGCCCCGGACACGGGCGACUUCCUGUCUUGUUGCCUGUGCCAGGUGUUGGCUGGUCAGGGCGUCAAACAGCAAUCUACGGUAUACUGCUCGAACAAGUGCUUUGCUCAAGGUCAUGAUUCUCACGUCGAGCAAACGCACCUCUGUGUUUCCGGAGACAAGUGCAUCAUCUUGAAUGACGAGGACGUCAACAUGGAUGCCGUCAGCUCCGACACCUUCCUUUGCAAAGAAUGCAUCAGCUUGUUAUCGAAGCCCUCCGUAUUCUGCUCGGCAAGAUGUGCAGAUCUAAAUUUCCAGACUCAUCGGGAGCAGAUCCACCUCCCAGCACGGCGGGAAAGGCCAGGGGUUGUCUUCGACGAUUCCAGUAAAUUGGUUUUCGACGACGCGGAAAAGUCCAAGUAUCAUGCGGGUAAUAUCGAGGAGCACAUUGUUUCCGUUGGAGAAGCAUUGCAGGAGUUCGAAAAGAAGACUGGGAUAGUCGUGUCAAUAAUCGACUGAGACAUGGAUGGUGGGAUGGGCGCUAUGGGAUGGGUGGUAUUGCCAUGGUGAUUUGUGAUUUCUGGAGUCUAUUUUCCUCAUACGACGACGUGAGCGCAGAUUUUCGGGUAGUUUUUAGAAUCAAGUUGGUAUGCCUGAGGUAUUAUCCGCUACCCCAUCCUAAUUGCCAAUGCCCCGUCAACCAACGCC